GGAUAUAAUUUACGGGCCACGAAAUCCAACACAGUUCAGCUUGAGAGCCUUGUCCUCAUCCCACGAAGUCCCCUCUGCCAGUCUCCUCAAGCACUCGUCUGCUCUCGGGCUCUGCAAAUGCCUCCUGGUGCUUUCGUUUGGUUCGGACCUUUCUUCUACCGUCAUGAAUACACACAACAUAAAUUCACCACCUCAGCCGUUUCUAGGCAUGGAGCUCAGGGGCACGCAGCACGUUCACGCUGUCACACGCCCACCGCCACUGUCCGUCUCCAGAAAUUUCCAUCUCCCCAACCUGACACUCUGUCCCCAUUCAGCACUAACCCGGUCCCCCUCCCCAGCCCUGGCGCCGCCCCUGCCGUCCCUGUGCAUCUGGCUCCCUAGGCACCUCCUAUGAGGGGACCCACACGGGUGUGUGUCCCUUGGUGACUCACCUGUGUCACUCAGCAUAGUGUCCUCAAGGCCCACCCAUCUUGCAGCAGGUGUCAGAAUUCCCUUCGACAUAAGUCGCCGUGUCCACUAUGCGACCCAGUCCCCUGUGGUGUGUUACAGGCAACGGGGUGGUUGUCCACUUACCCGGCUUGUUCGAAGAAGCAGAAAAGAAUGAGAAGAAAGGUCUGAAGGACUGGGAGAAGAGGCUCGUCAUCUCCGACCGCGCCCACCUUGUGUUUGACUUUCACCAGGCGGUCGACGGGCUGCAGGAAGUGCAACGGCAGGCCCAGGAGGGGAAGAAUAUCGGCACCACCAGGAAGGGGAUCGGACCCGCCUACUCUUCCAAAGCUGCGCGCACGGGCCUCCGCGUCUGCGACCUCCUGUCGGACUUCGAUGAGUUUUCUGCCAGAUUCAAGAAUCUGGCCCGCCAGCACCAGUCCAUGUUCCCCAGCCUGGAAGUGGACGUCGAAGGGCAACUCAAAAGGCUCAAGGUCGAGCAGCGGUGCUGGCGUGUGGGG